GAAGGGUUGCCAUCAAAACCAAGCAAAACAAGUUGCUGGUGUUUUUCACCAUUUCGGCACCGUCGGAGUUUCACAUGCGAAUUAGGUUUGCUCAGCGAAUACCCGCUGGUAAUCCCGGAUAAGUCCGAUCCGUCGUCACUAUCUAAACGGAACUAUUAUGGCGGUAUAAACGCCGCGCUUACGUAAUGUCGUAGGCUCGCGAAGUCGCUGCCGUCUCGUUGAUCCAGCAGCUGUGAGCCCAGAACCAAGCAGUCAUGGCAGGACUGUCGGUCACGCUCACAAAAGACCGGACGUUCCCGGUGAACUUCACCUGCCAGAGAUGCUGUCAGCCCUUACGACUGGACGCGUCUUUCUCGUCCAUCGACGAGCAGACCCUCUCGGAACUGUCGGAGCCGAUGCUGAGUCAGUCGGACCCCGUCGAACUAUGCGGUCCUUCGCCCGCGGUCCACUACCGCGUCCCCGAGGAAGGCGUCUCGCGUCGCGCCGUCGAACCGAUACGCUUCGUCGAGAGCGGCAACGGCUUCAUGCUGGUCGGCGAAAGCGCGGCCGUCGUGGACACGACCAUCAGCCACAAGUUGGACGUCGAGACGCGCCUGUUCGAGCUGAUGACGAACCAGUCGGCGGUCGACUACCCCAUCUGCGAGGAGUGCACGGACAACCUUCUGGACCAGAUGGAGCGGCAGCUGGACCUGGCCGAGGACGAGUGCAAGGACUACCGGAAGUACCUCGAACAGCUGACCAACGGCGAGGACGAGGUGGUCAACUUGGACGAGCUGGACGCCGAGUUCCGGAAGCUGGAACGGGAGGAACGCGAGCUCCUAGAGGCCGUCGAGAAGAUCGAGAAAGAACGCAGCGACGUGGCGAACGAACGCAGGCAACUGGCCGAUCGGCUGGAGCGACUUCGCGCCGACGAGGACCGCUACUGGCGCGAGUACUCGGACCUGAACCGCCAGCUGAUGCAGUGCUCCGACGACCACGCCAGCGUCGAGCGCCAGCUCAGGUACUCGGAGAGCAAGCUGAGUCAGCUGCACAAGACGAACGUGUUCAACGCGACCUUCCACAUCUGGCACAACGGGCACUUCGGCACCAUCAACAACUUCCGACUGGGCCGGCUGCCCAACGUGCCCGUGGAGUGGUCCGAGAUCAACAUGGCCUGGGGUCAGACGGUGCUGCUGCUCCACUCGCUGGCCGAGAAGAUGGAGAUGACCUUCCUGAGGUACCGGCUGGUACCCUUCGGCAACCACUCGUACCUGAUGUGCCUCGAGGACCCGACUCGGGAACUGCCCCUGUACUUCGCCGGCGGCUUCAAGUUCCUGUGGGACACCAAAUUCGAUCACGCCAUGGUGGCGUUCCUGGACUGCCUGCAGCAGUUCAAGGAGCAGGUGAGCAAGAUGGACUCCAACUUCUGCCUUCCCUACCGGAUAGACAAGGGCAAGAUCGAGGACAGCAACACUGGCCAGUCGUGCUCCAUCAAGAUCCAGUUCAACUCGGAAGAGCAGUGGACCAAGGCUCUCAAGUUCAUGCUCACAAAUCUCAAGUGGGGACUGGCCUGGGUCUCCGCACACUUCGCAGCCCGCGAGGCAGCCAGCUGAUCCGAAUCUUCAAAGUUGCAAUGCGUAAACAACCGCGUGUACAACUUCUGUAUAUAUGCCUGAUGUGAUAUAAAACUGUGCAGUUCAGUGUGUAG